UCAGCUGUGACAGACUGACGUAGUUGGGCGAAGGUGACACUUCGCUGCGCUUAUUUCACUUGAAAUUCCCCUUUUAUACUGUCAAUUCCUUCAUAGUGUGAGUGUGUAACGUGAUGGAAUUCAACCCACUCAGAGCCUAAGGUGCAAGCGAUACACCUGCUGAAUCGGCUGCCACUUUGCAAGUCUUGCCAACGGCCACUAUGUCACUAAACGGCAUUCUGAGACGGGCUUCAAGCUUUCUUGGCAUCACAGGCGCAGAUCCUUCAAAACAGAUGUACGAGGAUGGAGAUAUUGUCUUCUGCAAGAACAAUGUAUGCGUCCACCCUCCAUCGCGUUACCGAUGCGAUGGGGAGAGAGUCCACCAUCCUGGUUACCUAGUAAUUAAAUGCCGGGCAGACAGCACUCUAGGCACAACACUCCACCUCAACUGGAUCCCUAAUGACCGCCUGCGCCGAAAUCAUGAGCUGAUUUCACAGAUGAAGUAUGUGGGCCUGGAGGGCAGCAGCUCUAGCAACUCCCCCUGCCCAACCUCAGACUCGGAAUCUCUCUCUGUCUCGUCCUUGGUGCUGCACGACGGUAACAGCACAGUGAGAAAGACCUCGUUGGAUGAUGCAGCCAUGUCCACAUCUGGUAUUUCGUCUAUGGAUACAGCAAGUGAGGUCACGCAGCCAAAGGACGAAAAUAGCCCCAACAGUGAAGGAAGCAGCAGUGUAGAGCAGCCUAAAGAAAAAGAUGAGGGAGAUGGAGUAGAAACAAUAGAAAGUGGAGACCCAAGUAGUGAGGAGAGAGAGGAAAGAAAAAAUGAAGAGGCCACUUCAGAAGGAGAAGGAGAGAGAAAUGACACGUGGGCCACAGUAGAGAAUGAGGAGAAAAGAGACGAGGAUAUGGGAGAGGAGAAAGGGGCAAAGAGCAUCUCGGAUGAAGAGGAGAACACAGAGACAGGAGACGAGAUAACCAAAGACUCCCAGGAGAGCGAACAGAGUGACCUCCUAGCAAGUAAUGAAGAAGGGGCAGAAGACAGGGACGAUGAGGACAGCAGAGAAGACUCGGGCAGCUCGGGGGACGUGGAAGAGGUCGACAAGGAAGGAACACUGCGAGCGAGGGACAUGCACAAGCUCAGAUACAUAUCAUCAGACAGCAGCUCGGAUGGGGAGAAGCCCGCAGAGACUCUAACCAUCGCCAAGGGGAAGGGAAAUCCAUUGCAGGGACCUCAACUGCAAAGUGAAGGUGAAGAUAGUCUAGACUCCUCUCCUGAACCCCAGUUGUCUCCUACUCCUCAUUACUUCACAUCGUCUAGUGGAGAUCAGUAUUGGUACGAGAGAAGCGCAGAGUCGAUGGCCUACUCCGCCAACCUUGCCUUCCCGGAUUCUUCUCUGUCAUCAUUCUGCCCAACGCCAGUCGAUGGAGGGUCCUCGCCCAUUAGGAGGGAACACAAGUGCGGCAUAUUCAGCAUUGACGUCAGUCAGUGUAGGUCGCUGCGUCUGUUCUUCAGCGACCGAGAGCACACGUGUGGCCAGUUGGUCAUUGCCAGCCAAGAGAGUCAGUACAAAAUAUUCCACUUUCACCACGGAGGGCUGGACAAGUUAGCUUCAGUGUUUGAAGACUGGAACUUCCUUGUAAAGCCACAAGAUGAAGAGGGCAAGGCAAUGGAUUCAGCACUGAAGCAAUUCAUGGUCUGCAGGCCACAAGUGAGUGAGUCGGAAUGCCACCCAGAAGAAGGACAGCACCCACGUCUAGAUGCAGAAUUAUGGAUCACGUACUUCAGUGAGGAUGGAAUGAUUGAGGAUGACCUCACUCUCCGUCGCGCUAUAUUCUUCGGGGGUGUCGAGCCCCAGCUGAGAGCAAAUGUGUGGCCAUUCCUGCUGCAUUACUACGACUACCGAACGACCUUUGUACAGCGCCAGGCAAUCAUGGAGGAGAAGCACCAAAUCUACGAGAAGAUAAACUUAGUGAGAGAAAACAUGAGUGGAGAAGAACGUGAUUGGUUUAUGAGGAAUGUGCAGUGUACAGUGGAAAAGGAUGUGGUACGUACAGACCGCUCCAACCCAUGUUUUGCUGGCAACGACAAUCCGAACUUGGAAAAAAUGAAGAGAAUCCUUCUUAACUUCGCAGUGCACAAUCCAGUUAUGGGAUACACACAGGGAAUGUCAGAUAUACUAGCCCCAAUCCUUGCUGAAGUUCGCAACGAGGCUGACGUUUUCUGGUGCUUCACGGGACUUAUGAGCAAAACCAUUUUUGUGACAUCUCCAAAGGAUGAAGAUAUGGAAAAGAAUUUGAGUUACCUCCGUGAGCUGUUGCGAAUAAUGGUUCCACGUUUCUACAACCACAUGGCUAGUCAGCAGGAUGGCAUGGACCUUCUCUUCUGCCACAGAUGGAUACUCUUGUGCUUCAAGCGUGAGUUCCCCGAAGAUGAGGCCUUGGCAAUGUGGGAAGCUUGUUGGAGUAACUACCAGACUGACUAUUUCCACCUCUUCCUUGUCGUGGCCAUUGUCAGUAUGUAUGGCAAUGACGUCGUAGACCAGAAUCUUCGACCAGACGAGACCUUGCUCUACUUCACUUCACUGGCUAAUCACAUGGAUGGCCGCAUGGCUCUACAAAAGGCACGAGGUUUGCUCCAUCAGUACAGAAGCAUGAGCCAUCUCCCAUGUACACUGGUUGGCCUUUGUGAGCUGUGUGGGCCAGGCAUGUGGGACUCUGGGCACGUACCAGUUGUUACUUGCGUGGGACACCCAGAUGACAAGCCAUGCCCCCUCAACCAGCCAUCCUCUAACACUGAUGGAAACACCUCCUCUACGACAGCAUCCUGACACACCACCAGGAAGGUGCUCCAUCAGUUUGUCAUCUGUAAAUGAGAUGGAAGCUCAAAGGAUGGGAUUAAAGGAGGGAGAUGAGCCUGAACAGGGAAUCGCCCGCUGGAGAACAAGGGGGACUACGUUAGACUAUGCGGUGACUUUUAAGCCAGUUUUUAUUUUAGGAAUCUUUGAGUAGAUCUGAUAAGCAUAAGUUUGAAGACAUUGGAUCUGAAAUAGGGUUUAAAUAUUAGUUGAACGCAGGCCAAAUGAGAACAAUAAGGGAAUGUAUUACAGAUCAGUUCAUAUUUCCAGCUUACAAAGGCAAUAAGGAAAAAAUAGAUAGUUAAAACAAGCAAGUAAAUGUUUAUAAAAAAACAUUGCCAAGACAGUAGGAGAAUAUAACACUUUUUUAUGUUAUGACUAUUAUCGUUCCUUGGAAUAAAUACCACUGAAAUAGGAACUGGGAUACGUAAUGAUCUAUAUUUACUGUACAUAAUGAAGCACUUGCUAAAUAAAGCACACACCAUGCCACAGGUUUGAACAGUGGGUUUCCAAGGGAGUGAACAAUAAUUGUUUUAAGGUUUUUAGAUGACUUGGUGUGAGAAUUUUUGUGAUUUUAUGGUAGGUUUGCCUUCUUUCAUUAUGACAAUACUUGAUGUCUUCCUCUUGGUGUGUCACUUUGACAGUUUUGAGGAAUUAAUAUGUUUAU